GCACUUCCUGUAGUAGACAUACUAUAUCCGGUUACCGGUACUUGAUUUGCAGUUGGAAGUAACCAUUUUGUACAGAAUCCUUACUUGGACAAACUACUCUGCAGUGGCAGGAAGUCGUCCAGAUAUCCGCAAGAGCCUCCGGGAAACAACAAAAAUGAAAAGGUCUGGUGAACAAACUGAAGCGGGUGUUGCUUUGAGAAGAAGGUGCUGCUGCUGCUGUCAGCCCUAUGAGCUGUUAGAAGCGUAACACUGGAUUGGUAAAAAGUUGUAGUAAGCAGCUGGAUGUGUUGAAGAUGACGUGGACUCUGCACAUUUCCAUUCUCCUAGGACUGAGCUGCACAAGACAAGUGAUGUCCAGCGACCCAUGGGGGCAGUGUCCCGCCAGCAGAAAGUGUAAAGAGAAAUUUGGAGAUGGGUCAUGUGACAGAGAGUGCAUGGAGCCUGAGUGUCUCCGAGAUGGAAUGGAUUGCCUCAAGGACAGGGGACAUUGCAAUCCAGGCCACAUUCCGUAUUGCCGCAACCACUAUGCCAACUCUCAGUGCGACAAGGGCUGUGACAGCGCCGCCUGCGGGUGGGAUGGUGGUGACUGCUACACUCAUCAGAGCGCCCUGUGGGCCAAGGGCACCCUGGUGGUGCACGCUGCCAUUCCGCAUAAGGGGGCUGGCUCCACCUUUGCCAACACAUCGCUGCUGUGGGCACUCAGCAUCCUGCUGCGGACACCACUGGUGCUGAGGGGCUCUGCGCCACUCGCCGCAAACAGGAACUUGUUCGAUUUCGAUCCCCAGCAGCUUGUUGAUCUGCUAGCUCAGACAUCAGCAGGUGAUGCUAAUGGUUCCCUGAUUUUUCUCCAAGUGGACAACCGUCCAUGUUCCCGCCAGCCCUCUACCUGUUUCCCUCAUGCCACCGAGGCGGCUAGCUUCAUGAGGGCAGUCAUAUUGCGGAAAACUGUAGCUUAUCCGGCUCUGCCGGACCUGAAGGCCGUCAUCGCCAUCCGAGGUGUCCAGGAUGAAAUAGGAAGCCGAGACGAGCAGGAAGGGGAGGGGACCAGAAAACAGAAUGUCAAAGAGCCGACGCCUGCGUGGCUGUGGGCUGUAGUUGCCAUAGCCAUGGGCCUGCUGCUGGCCCUGGCUCUGGUGGUCUUCCUGGUGGUGAGGCGUGUGAGGCGGCAGAGAGAAGGGAGUGGUCACAGAGCAAGAGGCCAGCGGGUGAGCCAUCGCUCCACCACCACAGAUGGCAACCCCAAGGCCUGGACGGCAACCGCCACCCAGCAGGAGGCCAAGGGGAGGCUGGCCCGGGAGAAGGACAAAGACAAAGACAAGACAGGCCUAAGAAAGAAGAAGAAAGCCAAGGAGACUGAAAAGAAGAGGAGGAGGGAACCUCUGGGAGAGGACGCUAUGAGAAUGAGGCCUCUCAAAAGAGACCAGGACAUGGCUAGUGACACAGACUUCACGCAGAGCUCCUUGGAGGACGUGAGGACGGUUGGACGCCAAGAGGACAACAAACACUACAGGGCGGGAGGAUCACAGCCUCGUAGACCACCACCAGCUUCCUCCCUAGGCUGGGACCGGAACGGUAUGCCUCCCCCUCUGCUCAGUCCACCUCAGCAGUCUGCUGAGUGGUGUGGCCCGGAUGGUUCUGUGGUCUUGAUCCGUGCGGUGCGCAGUGGACUAGAUCGAGUGGUUCUUGAGCUGCUCAGAGCUGGAGUGUCUGUCAACAACACGGAUCAUACUGGGAGGUCGGCCCUGCACUGGGCGUGCUCAGUGAACCAUCUCUCCCUGACCAGGACGCUCAUUCGUUAUGGUGCUGCUGUGGACAUGCAAGAUAAUAAGGGUGAGACGCCGCUUUUCCUGUCGGCCUUCUAUGGUUGCUACGACACCGCCAGACUCCUGCUCCUCCACGGUGCCAACUUGGAGCUCCACGACCGGAGGGGUCGCCGCCCCGUAGACGUGGCCAGGGAAGGUUUGCACCACCAAGUCCUGGAGCUCCUGCUGGCCCACCAGAUUCAGAGGGGGCCCACCACCAUGGAUGCAGCCAGCGACAUGCUGUGGGAGGAGCGGGCGCUUAUGUACUCUCCAUGGGUCGGGACACAAGGACGGAGUGCAUCCUUUUCAGGGAUUGUGCCACAUCGGGAUAUGACACCACCGCCACAGAGUAACUGGUCCAUGGGCAGUGUCCAAUACCCAUCCCCUCAAAACUGGCGACCACAGCUCAACCAAUCAGCGACCGCUCUGGUGCCCCCGAGAGUCAUGGGCCGCUCCCCUCGGCCCAUCAGCACGUUGCAAGAGGUCACCUCGGAGGAUGAGGACCGAGAGAGGCUACAGGAAGCCCCCAGAGCAGUGACGCCUCACUUCCUAUCACCGCAGCCCGCUCCCCGGCAGCGUUCCUUCUCGUGUACCCAGCAUGCAUUGCAGCGCCGCUCCAGCUCUCACCAGUUGGAACCCAAUUACGUGAUUGUGACUGAACGGACAGCCAAUGAGCACAUAGAACGAGUGAUCGUGUCCCCUCCGCCGGAACCCGCGAACCAGUCGGAUCACCAGACACUCGUGAAUGGCGGAAGCAACGACGGUAGCAGCGUAAUAGAGCAAGCUAAUGUUAGCGCUUCAGGAUCGGAGCCCAAAUCUCGGGGAGAGAGGUCAAAUAAUGCCAAUGAUGCCACACAAACGGCCUUGUAGAAAGGAGCAAACAGACCCAUUGAACAAUAUGCAAAUAAAGUGAACUCCUGUUUAUCGCAGUGGAUACAGCUCCAGCACGGGGUGCAAAUAUUGAACUGCAAUACAGCAGGCGUUCACUGUAAGGACGAUACUUCCUUUGCAAAGUCCAUGCAGUGGCGUAGUGUGGGGGAGGGGGGGGGAGUAUUUUGUCAUCUCACCUCAGUGCCAUGAUGGGCCCAAAGACAAAAAUUUCUCCCAAAUUAUUCGCCUCCAUUGGUCUUGUAUAACUCAUUUGUUGGUCUUAAUCAUAUUUCAUCCAUUAUGCAUUGAUCGUUAUAUUAAACAUAUUUGCACAAAAUGA